AAUUUAUGUAUUUGACGGCAGUCGGGGAGUACUAUUGUCAAAGUUUUAAGACUAAUAUCCACAAGUGGUCAAAAAUAUUUUCUCUGUGUGAUGUCAUGUAAGGAUAAAAAACUGUUGCUGGUGUUUUAGACAUUCUCUCAUCAUUAACCAAUCAAAUUUAAGGACAUAAAAUAGCCAAAUUGGUGAUUUUAACAUGUGAGUCAUGGUGCCACAGUAAGAAGUUGGUAAAUAAUUUGCAUGACAUUUUGUAUGUGUUCAUGCAAAUAUUAAAAUGGCGACAAUCACUAGAAAGGGAGAUGGAAACAACAGUUUCCUGAGGGCAGCGAGGGAUGGUAACCUAGAGGAUGUGUUGGAGUACCUGAAGGGCAGUACUGACAUCAAUACUAGCAACUCUAAUGGUUUGAAUGCUCUACACCUUACUUCAAAAGAAGGACAUAUAAAGAUUGUUGAAGAGCUGCUGAGUCGUGGAGCUAACAUAGAAGCUGCUACUAAGAAAGGAAACACAGCACUUCACAUUGCAUCUUUAGCAGGACACCUUAAUAUUGUCAGUUUAUUGGUAGAAAACAAAGCCAAGGUCAAUGUACAAGCUCAGUUUGGUUUCACACCACUGUAUAUGGCAGCACAAGAAGGCCAUUCAGAAGUUGUCAAAUAUCUCCUAUCAAAUGGAGCCAGCCAAGGAUUAGCCACACAGGAUUUAGAUGGUAGUACUGAGGAUGGAUUCACUCCCUUGGCUGUGGCUUUACAACAAGGAAAUGAGAGAGUAGUAUCAGUCUUGCUCGAGCAUGAUUCCAAGGGCAAGGUCAAAUUACCAGCUCUUCAUAUUGCUGCUAAGAAGGAUGACAUGAGAUCUGCCAACUUGCUGUUACAGAAUGAACAAAAUGAUGUUAAUGGAGAAACUAAGGAUGGAGGACUUGUCAAUGAUACCACCAAGAGUGGAUUUACACCUUUACAUAUUGCUGCUCACUAUGGCAACAUAAACGUAGCAACACUUUUGAUUUCUAAAGGUGCAGAUGUCAAUUUUAGAGCCAAGAACAACAUUACUCCACUCCAUGUAGCAUCCAGAUGGGGCAAGGACAAGAUGGUUACUUUACUGCUAGACAACAAAGCUGUUAUUGAUGAAAAAACUAGAGAUGGAUUAUCUCCCCUUCAUUGUUCAGCUAGAAGUGGACAUGAAAUGGUUGUGGAUACUUUACUGGAAAGAGGAGCACCGAAAUCUUCUACAACUAAGAAUGGGUUAACUCCCUUGCACAUGGCAGCACAAGGUGAUCACAUGGACUGUGCCAGACUACUGUUAUACCACAAAGCUCCAGUUGAUGAUGUCACUGUGGACUACCUGACACCACUACAUGUGGCUGGACACUGUGGUAAUGUAAAGACAGCCAAAUUACUUCUGGACAGGAAAUGUAACCCUAAUGCUAGAGCACUGAAUGGAUUCACACCACUACACAUUGCUUGUAAGAAGAACAGGAUCAAGGUUGUUGAACUUCUCCUGAAGUAUGGAGCAUCAAUACAAGCUACCACUGAGUCUGGACUAACACCUUUACAUGUGGCCUCCUUUAUGGGACAUAUGAAUAUUGUGAUUAGUCUGAUCCAAAACAACGCCAGUCCAGACCAUCCAACGGUCCGUGGAGAGACAUCAUUACAUCUAGCGGCCAGAGCUAACCAGACAGACAUCAUCAGAAUCUUACUCAGAAAUGGAGCCACUGUGGAUGCAAGAGCUAGAGAACAACAAACACCUCUCCAUAUAGCAGCCAGACUGGGUAAUGUUGACAAUGUGACUUUACUGUUACAACACGGAGCCAACGCUGACGCUGUCACCAAGGAUUUAUACACACCAUUACACAUUGCUGCUAAGGAAGGAAAUGAAGAAGUAGCUUCUGUUUUGUUGGAUCAUGGAGCGUCACAUGGACUUACUACUAAGAAAGGAUUCACUCCACUGCAUAUUGCAGCCAAAUAUGGAAAUAUUAAAGUUGCCAGUCUACUCCUACAAAAGGGAGCUAAUCCAGAUGUACAAGGAAAGAAUGGUCUGACCCCUCUACAUGUGGCUACACAUUACAAUCAUUCUAACGUAGCUUUUCUACUGUUGGACCACAAGGCAUCACCACAUUGUACAGCUAAGAAUGGCUAUACCCCUCUACACAUAGCUGCCAAGAAGAACCAGAUGGACAUAGCUACUACACUACUGGAGUUCAAUGCUGAUCCUAAUGCAGAAUCAAAGAAUGGUUUCUCACCUCUUCACUUAGCUGCACAAGAAGGUCACACAGACAUGGUAUCUCUUCUACUAGAACACAAAUCUAAUGUUGGUGCCAAAGCUCAUAAUGGAUUAACACCAAUGCAUCUUGCUGCUCAAGAAGACAAAGUCAAUGUUGCUGAAGUAUUGGUCAAGUAUGGCUCAGAAAUUGACCCACAAACUAAGGCUGGAUACACCCCUUUACACACCUCAUGUCACUUUGGACAGAUUAACAUGGUUCGCUUCCUCUUGGAACAUGAAGCUUCUGUCAGUGCUACCACCAAGCUUGGCUACACACCACUACACCAGGCAGCUCAACAAGGCCAUGUACAAGUUGUUAAUCUCUUGCUGAAAAACAAGGCUUCACCUAAUGCUGUUUCUAAUAAUGGACAAACAGCUCUUUCCAUUGCACAACGCCUUGGUUACAUAUCAGUUGUUGAUACUCUAGCUGGUGUUACAGAGGUAACAGAAACCAUUCCCACAGCCGAGGACAAAUACAAGGUCGUAUCUCCAGAGACCAUGCAGGAGACAUUACUAUCUGAUUCAGAAGAUGAAGGAGGAGAUGAUUUUCUGCCCCAAUCACCAUUAUUUGGGAAGCCUUUAUAUGAACAGCAUAUUAACUUGCCAUUUUACGAGGGCAAUCAAAUGCAGUCUAGAGAGGAUACUAUUUCGUUGGAAAGAGGUGAAAGUUCAUCACCAUUGGACACUUCCUAUGAAGGCAUGAAGGAGUUUCAGUUCCGACACCCUGUCACUGAUGAUCAGAGACGUAGAAUCAAGAGUGAAAUAAGCACAGCCAUGCGCUACCCAUCUUAUUUACAACGUGACCCUGAUUAUGAAGCAGAGAUGCAAUAUUUCCGUGGGGACACCUUGUCUCCCUCUUCCAGGGAGAAAGGGACGUCUAGAGGGGACAGCGUGUUUGGAGCCGAUUAUUCUACUCUAGAGAGAAUGGAUCAGAGUAACUCCCAAUCUGAUGUACAUAUCCGUUCUGUCGACGCCAGUACUAGUGAACUUGAUUUUACUGAUGAUUUCGAUGAUAGUAUGAAGAAGAGAGAAAGUGCUACCUUACCAUUCUCUGAAGAUUUCUAUCUGCGCAAGUCUGUCAGAGCAUACGGAAAAGAAGGUGUCAAGAUUUAUCCAGGCUCUGGAUACAAGUCCUACCCUGACAAACCUUCUUUGUCAAACGCUGUGUCCUAUAGUGUUGAGGGAAUAGAUUUAAACGAUCAGUUUAAGUUUCUCCCUGAUGAUUCAGUGGAAAGAAGGAAAGCCUCACAGGGUUCAUCUCAGGACUUUAUGGAGAGAGAAGUGAUGACUCAAUCAUUUGCUACAUACUCCCAGAGUGCACCAGAUACCCGACUGUCACCAGGAGCUCCUAAGAAGGACAUGAAGUGUAGUUCCUACAGUGGAUCGUCCUUUAACACAUCUUUUGACCCUGACAAUGUGGCUAUAGAGAGAACACCAACAUAUUCAGGCAAACUUAAAUGGAAAAGCUUCCUGAUCAGUUUUAUGGUGGAUGCCAGGGGUGGAGCCCUCCGUGGACGUCGCCACUCUGGAGUCAGGAUUAUUAUACCACCAAGGAAAGCUUCAAUGCCCACAAGAGUAACAUGUCGUCUCAUCACUAAAGAGAAACUCAACCAUCCACUGCCAUUAAAUGAAGGCGAGGCUUUGGCAUCCCGUAUCCUGGAAAUGGGACCAGUUGGAACCAAAUUCUUAGGAAAUAUAGUUCUAGAAGUACCACACUUUGCCUCCUUACGUGGCAAAGAAAGAGAAAUCAAGAUCUUAAGAAGUAACAAUGGUGAAAAGUGGGAUGAACACCCAAUUGUGGCCUCUGAUGAAGCUGUUAACAAGGCACUGGAACAAAGCAUGGAAGUUUCUGAUCUGGAACAAGAGGACGAGGCAACUGGAAAGAGAAUUACCAGAAUAUUGACAGAUGACCUUCCUCGGUAUUUUGCCUUGGUCACUAAGAUAAAGGAAGAGAAGCGACAUAUUGGUGGUGAAGGCGGUGUGAUCAGUUCUACUGUUGUACCACAAGUACAAGCAGUUUUCCCAGAAGGGGCAUUAACAAAGAAGAUUAAAGUUGGUCUGCAGGCACAGAGAAUAAAUCCAGAUCUUGUCGCUAAGAUGUUAGGGAAUCGUGUAGCUGUGAGUCCAAUCGUAACGGUGGAACCAAGACGACGUAAAUUUCACAAGGACAUUAUCCUGACAAUACCUGUUCCCAAGGCUGCUCAGAAAGGCAUGAUAAACCAGUACAGUUCUGAAGCUCCGACUCUCAGAGUACUCUACAGCAUAGCAGGCUCCAACCAUUCCUUAAACAGAGAGGGAACUGAUGUUUCUGUAUGGGAGGACUACACUAAAGCUGCUAACAUUAAGUUUUCAGAAGACUGUGUCUCCAUUACCACUAGUGUGUCUGGAAGGUUUUGGCUAAUGGACUGUCAAAACAUUGCUGACGCCCCAAGAAUGGGAACAGAAUUAUACCAUGAAGCUAUUACUAUACCAUACAUGGCCAGAUUUGUUUGUUUUGCUAAACGUACAGGAGAAGAGGAAGGAAAGCUACGCAUGUUUUGUAUGACAGAUGACAGACUUGAUAAAACUUUGGAAAAACAGGAACAUUUCGUAGAAGUGGCUAGAAGUAGAGAUGUAGAGGUAAUUGAUGGAAGACCACAGUUUGUAGAAAUGGCAGGAAAUUUAAUCCCCAUCACCAAGUCAGGUGAUCAGCUCUACAUCAAUUUUAAAGCUUUUCGUGAAAACAGGCUGCCAUGUACUUUAAGAAUACGAGACCUAGAUCAAGAUCCUGCCGCUAGAGUUGCCUUUAUGAAGGAACCUAAAGUUGCCAGAGGAGAAGUACCCCAGACUCCAAUUUGUAAUCUCAAUGUUUCGCUGCCAGAUAUGUCUACAUCGUCCUCCAUGGAAAUGGAUGGAGAGGCAGUUCGAGAACUUAGAAACAGAACUUCAAUUAUCAAAGAACAUGGCAUUGUUGUUCAAGACCGAGUACAACAGGCCAACAUCAGACUGACAGAUGUAGCAGAUACACUCAAGGGAGAUUGGGUCAUGUUAGCUCAACAGUUAGAUGUUUCAUCAUCAGAAAUUAAUGACAUUAACAACCAAUACAAAACUGUUAAUGACCAAGCUCUUGCCAUGCUACAGCUCUGGGUGGAUAAAGAUACUGAACCAAACAAAGGUCAAGCCUUAGAAAGAGCUCUUAUAAAGAUAAACAGAGAAGAUGUUGUCAAGAAAUGUAUAUAUAAUGUAGAAAAUGUUGAGGAUGAGAUGGAGGCAGCUGCUGCUAGAGUUGCUAUGGACCAAUCAGGUUUUGACACUUUCACAGAAGAGGUUGGAAUAUCUAGAGAAGAUUCAAUGAAGCGUAACAUGUCAUUAGAUGUACAGUUUGAUGAACAAGAUAUGGUUAAGGAAUCUGAAUCUGUAGUAGAAUCUCCAAGUUCUGAUGACAAGCAAGCUCCUCAGGCUUUAGAAGAAGAAACAGAAACAAGGGAAGAUGAAUUUGUGGUCAGAGUUGAUGAACGACGGCCACAAGCAAAGGAAGAAGUUAAAGUAGAAAAGCAAGAUGAAGACUUCUUCGAUUUAAUUGAUCAACUUGAUAAAUAUAGCGAGUCUAAACAACCUGAAACAGUAAACAGAGAAGAUAUUGAUGACAAGCCAACAGUAACCGAGGAUGAAAUUGUUCAUACUAAACAUGAACGUCUGUCACCAGAAGAGAUAAUAUCCAUUGUACAAUCUAUUGAUCAGCAAGCUGCUCCCCCUUCACAAAAACAACAACAGCAAGAGAGAGAAUCACGGGAUGAUGAAAUGGUAGUUACAGUUGAUCAACGUAGACCACAAGCUAAAAAGGAAGUUCAAGUUCAAAAACGAGAUGAAGACUUUCUGGAUUUAAUUGGACAGCUUGACAAAUUUUCUGAUUCAAAACAUCAACCAGAAAAAGAGAGAAAAGAUGAAGUUCAGCCUGAUUUGAAUGAAGAGGAGAUUGUUACAACAAAGAAUUCCCGUGCGAGCUCUCAGGAGAUUGUUAUAGACAUGGUUGAGGCUAUGGAACAGUUAUCAAUACCUCAAACACAAAAAAUCAAAGAGAGCGUAGAAGAUGAAGAAGGCUUGCACACCCCACCUCCCAGCCCCGUUGAGAAAGAUACAUAUGAAGAAGAAAAUCAGUCUGAAGAAGAAGAAUGUGAGGAAAUAACAGAAAUUGUAGAGACUUUCACUGAAUGUCUUGACGGGAAAACUGUGAGAACAAUAAGAAAAACCACCACCAUUAAUUCUCAGGGUACAACCAUUAGAACUGAAAUACUAAAAGAAGAAACCCGUGAAACCUCUCUGGACACCCUUGCUGCUCGUCUGUCUGUUGGUGACGGAACAUCAGAUUCCCAGACAGGAGAUGAAACUGGUGUCCUUCCAGAAACUGAAAUCAGAGAGAAAAUUGUACAAGUAGAAACUGAAACUCUUCAAUCAGCAGCUCCAACUAUUGGAGGAGUUGACUAUGACACACGUCAAAAACUAACUGGUACAGCGUCUGUUCAACAUGAACAAUAUAAAGCAGGACAAGUUGAACCAGACAUGGCACAAAUAGUUGAAAGUCUGAGAGAGGAUUUAAUGCCAGAGGGACAUGAUGUAACUCGUAAAAGAAAAAUGACCACAUCUUCAUCUUCAUCUUCCGAUUAUGAAUCUGAUAAAGAGGUUGAAGGAAUACCACAAGAAACAAAGAAAGUUUCUAUUACUGAAAAUGAAGAGAUCAAGGCUGAAACUUUAGGAGAUGGUGGUAAACCGAAACUGGAAACAAACGUAAGGGAGACAAUUGAUGAAGAAAAAAGAAAAAGUUCUUCUAGUUCUAGUUCAAGCUCAGAAGAUGAAAUUAAUAGCAAAGUAAGACCUCCACCUAGUACAGUAGAAAUUGAGGAGGUAAACAAGGAAAUUAAGGAGCAACCAGCAGACACCAUUAGCAAUCAGCAGCUACCAGUUAAACAGAUAGAGAUUACACAGGAAGUCAAAUCUAGAUCAUCAUCAAGCAGUUCUUCUGCAUCUGAAAAAAGUUUAGAAAAGGGUGAAGUUGAAAAAGAGGCUACUAAAUCUGCUGGAGAACAGAUUCCUCAAACUGAACAAGUUGAAAUAACAGAAGAAAACAAGAAAGUUGUUGAGAAGGUUAAACCAAGGUCAUCAUCAUCUACUAGUUCAUCAGCUUCAGAGAAGGAUGUUAAAAGGGGAGAAGAAACUGUUGAGAUGGAGAAACAAGAGGUUAUAAAAGGUAAUAAGAUUCCACCUGCUAAGCAAACUGAAGGAAAGAAAGAAGUCAUACAGGAGGUCAGAACUAGAUCUGGAUCAUCGUCAAGUAGUUCAUCUGGGGGUCAAGAUACUGAAAGGAAAGAGGACACAAAAGAUGUUUUAGAGGCUACCGAACAGCAGACUGUGUUUGAAAGAGAUGACAUACCUGCUUCUAAACAUGUUGAAAUAUCUGAGGAAAAAAGAGAGCUUAUUGCUGAUGUGAGACCAGACAGGACAAGGUCAACAUCAUCAUCUUCUUCAAGGUCAUCAGUCUCUGACAAGGAAAUUGACAGACAAGAGCAAACUAUUGAUGUGCAAGAAAAGGUAGUUGAAGUAAGGAAACAACCUGGAAACCAAGUACCUUCCACCAAGCAAACAUCUGACCAAUCAGAUAGGGAGAUAAAACCUAGGUCAUCAUCUUCAUCUUCUAGUUCAUCUAGUGAAGAUGAGAAGAUCGAUGUUAAAAAAGAUGUGAUAGAAGUUACCAAAACAGAAGUUGUUACAAGCCAAAUACCACCAUCUAUACAAUCUGAGGGGAUGGUUGGAUCCAUUUCGCCAUCUAGUUCUGAUGACGAGGAUUCACGACCUGGAUGUGAAGUCAAUAUUACUCAGACUACUGUCAUUAAAAUAAAAGAGGAAAGACCAAAGACAACAGUUCAAGAAAUUGAAGAAGAGGAUCAAAGAAUAGAAAAACAUCCACGAUCUAGGUCAUCAAGCUCAUCUAGUUCAGGUCCUAAAUCACCUAAGAGAAAAGGAAGUUCUGGUUCGGAGGGUGGGGGUUACAGUUCUGGAUCAUCUAGCGAAGGUCAAGAUAGUAGCUCUAGAGUGUUAUCACAGGUCGAACGUCAAGAACGAUUUGAAAUGGUAGAGAAGAAAAUAUUGCUUAGUAGAGAUGGAAUAAGCACUGUAGAAACCGAAACAGAAGCUGACCAUUUGAUGUUAGAUGAAAAUUACCAAAUAGACCAAGAUGAGGAAUACUAUUCUGGACCUGACGAGAUCGUAACAAAAACAUGGAAAAUUGAUGAUGACGGAGAAAUAAUAAAGGAUAAAUAUCCUCUUGUAGAGGUCAAAGGUAAAAACAGACGAACAGAAUCUGUUUCCUCUUCCUCUUCAUCAUCAUCAUCUUCAUCAACAGAGAAUGGGAAGGACAUGUUUGUACAGUGUGAACGUGGAGAGGAUUUUGAAACCAUAACAAAACAAAGCUACUCUUCAAAAGAUAUACCCAUCAAUUUCCCAGAUACAGAUGUAUGGGGCUUUGGAGAAACUCAGCCUGUCAUAGAGGAGGACUUUGAGGACACUCAGUCUGCUAGAGAGGAGGUUUUUGAUACUCAGUGUGACAGAGGGGAAGAUUUUGAGUUUGAAAUCAAGGCAACACUUCCUAAGUUUAAACCAGAAUCCACUGGAAGUUCAAGGUCAAUUUUUUCCUCGUCAAUGUCUGAAUCAAGUAUGGGUGGUACAGAUGUUGUAGAGGAGAUAUAUGAUUUAGCAAGGCAGGUAGAGAGGGAAGAACAGUAUGAAAUAACAUCACGAUCUGUCUUGUUCGCCAAAGAUGAUAUAGAACCAGUAUUUGAUGCUAAUUUAUCUGGUGGACAAAGCAUGUAUGAAGAAACUUUACCUGAUGGCACUGUGGUUAGACACACUAAGAUGCACACGAUACAGCACCCAUCAGUUUCUGGGGAUAUUGAAUUAGUGGAGGAAGAAGGGCCAGAGAGAGAAGUUGUCGAUUAUGAUGAAGAUGAAAAUAUUUUGCCUGACGGGACUGUUCAUAGAGUGACGAAAAUUAGAAGACAUUCUCUUAAACAUAUCCAUCGCAGUGUCAAAUCAGAAGAUGAUGAAAAGGAGAUUUUUGAAGGAGAAGUUGAGGUUCCUGGCAGUACUAGAGAAGAAAUUGUAGAAGUAUAUGAAGAUCCACCAAGAUUUGUAAAGGACGUGGAAGAAGUAGAGGUACGCCAACCAGAUGGCUCAAUUAUCAAACGUAAAGUGACCAGUGGUCGUGUGGUACACAAGAUUAAAACUCGCUCAUUAUCCAUUGAUGAAUCAGGCAAUGUAGAAGAACAAGAAUACUCUGUAGAUGAGGUGGUGCCGAUGACAGAAACAGCCUUUGCCGAGGGUGUAUCAAGUAGUAGUAGUAGUGAUACAGUGUCAAGCGACUCAGAAGACGAUGAGGCCCAACACGUCAGGGCUAACCCAAGCUUUAUGAAGGAAAACAGAAUGCAUGUACAUUUCAGAUCAGAUGAACCUGACUAUGAAGGAGAUGACUUUUUACCAGAGCAAGAAUUUCAUGAGUGUGAUGAAAGUGGUUUCGCCAAAAGGGACAUAACUAAGAUCAGCUAUGAGCCUCGCCUUGAGGAUGAGGAAUCUUCAUCAUUUGAGGAAUAUGACGAAGAAUCAGAGUUCUCAACCACCUCCAAUGAAUUAAAUAUUCAAGAACCUUUUGAAUCUGACACAUCACAAAAUGUGGCUUCACAGUCACAAGACGCCACAUAUAUUCCACCUAUACAUCAACAAAUGGAAAGUCUUCAAAGAUCGGAAGGCAGAAAUGUAUUUUCUAGUUAUGAAAAUGUUUAUGACGGAGUUCCUCUUGACCCAAAAAUCAAUCGAAUGUCAGCAGACGCUAGCGAAUUAGAUAUAGGAGACAGGUUUGAUACAAAACAGAAUGAACAACUGCACGCCUCAGAUAGGUCAUCAAGCUACGAAAAAAUUUACGAACAAGAAUCAAGGGAGAUAAUAGCAGCCUUAGAGGAGGAUAAAUCUUCUGUUUCCUCCUCUCACUCUGAGGUGGCUGAUGACGGACAAGAUGCCAAGUUGGUUGAUGUGACAGAAGAAAAAGUUGUGGAUACUGACAUAGAGGAACAGUUGUCUCCCCUUGCCCCUCAAACUUCAGACAAACCCACUUUUUCCUUCUCUGAAUCACCUGUUGAUUCUGUUUCUCCUACUUAUAUCCAAGAGGAACUACCUGUCUCACCUGUACAAGACUCCUUACCUGUAACGGGGAAUAUAUCUGUUGGCGUGUCUCCAUCAGAAUUUAUAAUGGAAGAAGAUGAGAAUCUAGAGCCAGACCAAAGACACUUUAAAACAAUAGAACAACCGAUGAAAGACACAAAAGAUGAAAGUGAAGAGAAAGAAAGAAGGAUGAAAACACAAAUAACAUGUACUGAAGAGAAAGAGGAGAGGACGGAAACACAAAUAAUAUGUACUGAGAUUAAAUCAAAAGACAUCUGUAGAUCAAAGGAAGUUAUAAUGAAACAGGACAGUAUGUUUUCAGAUUCAUUUGAUGAACCAGUAUCAGAUGAUAGAAAAGGUCAGCUUAAUGAUAUGGCAUUUGAAAAUUAUGCAUUCAGUGAAGAAGACACAGAAUUAGAACAAAUAACUAAACAGCCCCCUUCUAAGGGAUCUGGUAGAGAAAUUUCACCAGAAGACCUUAGAGAAUCAUUUAAUGAGUUCAGCUUUAAUGAAAAUCAGUUAACAGAACUUAAAGCUGACCUGAGGAAAACUGGACAACAAGGUGUGUAUGAAGCCAAGAAAGACGAGUAUGCCCAAACUCAUAGGACACCUAGUAAUGAUAGCUAUAAGAUAGAACCGGCUCUGAAUGAGGCAGACGAGGAUGAAAUGUUAGAUGAAGCUGCAGGUGGUUACUUUGCUCCACAAGACAAUCAACUUCCCUUGUUGACCCCAUCUGAUACCAGUACGGAUAGUUCUGUUGGUGUGUAUGAUGAGACAACAGGAACAUUUACAAGAGAGCCGUGGGAAGUAGCUCAACAAUUCAAACGACAAUUCUCUGAUCCAUUUAAAGAACAAGAAGAUGAGCCCUCCUCAUCACAAAUACAAACAGCUCAAUCAAUAGACAUGGGCAGCUUCUAUAGACAAGAAAGAAUAGACAUAUCAGGGAUAUCAGAGUACACAGGAAGUAACGAAACAAUCUGUGAUUCAUAUCGUAAGUUAUCACAAAUAUUCCAUAGUGAACCACAUGACCAGAUAUCAGAAACACAUGACAAAACUGUAAUCUCAAGUAUUCUGGAAAGUAGGAAGUAUGAGUUAGAGAUGCUGCAGAGAUCUGAAACAGAAGCUGAAGUAGAAUCGGCAGAGGUUGCUGUUCAGUUCCCAGAAUCCUUUGUUCUCAACAUGCCUGGUGCAGAAAAAAGAGGUGCAUCAACCGAAUGUUUGAUAUCAGAUGUACUUUAUGGGAGAACUGAUGAUGUUUCUGGUGAAGAUCUGUUUGCACGGGAAGAUGUAACCACUGACACUUCUCUGACUCCCGUGACAGAAAAUGUACCGUUAGAAACAGAGGUUGUGAGUAGAAUAUCACGGAUUGCUCAGGAGGAGUUAUUACAGGAAUCUUCUGAUGAACGUGACAGAUCAAUAUCUCCAUCUAUUGACAGUGAUGAUUUGCAAGAUGAAUGUACACUUCAGGAACGACCUACAAAUUUUGCAUCUGGAAAAUUCCCCAUGGGUUUAACCCAUUUUGGCAAAAAUCUUGCAGACAAUGAGAUUUAUGAGUCUUCAGAAACAGGUGGUGAUACAACAGAAGAGAAAUUAUCUCCCAUUGAAGAAACACCAACUGAUGAAUUCCCAGAGGAACUGGAGGAACAGGAUGAAAGUCAGAUACCUAUAACAGAAAAACGAGUUACAUUCCAAUCUGACACUCAACAUUUACAGUCAUUGUCUAGUGAGGAAUUAAUCAAGACAUCUACCUCGUCAUCAGAAAUGGAACCAACUCUGUUGGCAGCUUCAUAUGAUUUAGAAUCUGGUCACGUUUCCAGAGUAGUAGCCACCUAUGAUGUGUCCCCUGAUUCUGUGGAGAAGCAGUUUCCAGUCCCAGCCAUGACUAAAGCCAUAUUAUCCAGUCCUGAAGAUGAUGUCUUUGAAGAGGAAUCACAAAGUGAUGUGGCAAGCCCAAACUUGUUAGUAGUAUCACCUAGAGGGAAGCAACAACCACUUCAAGUAUCAAGUUCUACUGAGUCAUAUGUCCCGUCACCUCCUGCUCCUACACCAAAAGAUGCUACAAAUGGACAUGAUAUACAGCCAGACCUAGAGGGAGCAGCCAUCAAGCUUCAAGAUACAUUUGCUGAGCAGGAAACGGAAGCUCAGUCAAAAUCAGAAACAGCGGCAGUGACAGAACAAGAAAUCGUUCAGAUUGAUACGGUGGAACAAGAAUUAUUUGAGGAACCCAGUUCUCCAUUUGAACUGGUAUUAGAUACAGAUUUAGAAGGUUUUAAAGACUACAUGGAAGAGUAUGAAAAGGUACAAAUGCUUAGGUCAACAGAAUCAAUGGCAACAUCUAGUAGUUUUACAGAUGUUGGAGAAAUGGACAAAUCAGCACAAUCACUAGAGAUCAUUAGUCCCUUGUGUUCCACUAGAGGGGAAGCAACUCCAGCUCAAUCCUACGACAAAAGUGAAUCAUCAUUUGAACAUUCCUCACCAAUCAGCAGUGAAGCCAGUGAGAAAGGCAUAGGAUCCCCAUUUGAUAUUCCCCUGAUGGCAGAGUUUUCUAAUCUUUUACCAGAUCUUACAGAAACACCUGCUUUAGUCAAUGAAGAACAAACACAAGAAAGGGUAGAGAAAGUUCAGCUUCCUAAUGGUCCUACCGAAGUAGAAUACAGCCCUACUAUAGAUUUAGAUUACAGCUAUGGUGGGGAAGCCUCGGCUAGUCAAACAGAGGAAGUUCAACAAAUUCAACCAAUGUCACCAACACUAGUACAGCAAACUGAAUCGAAUGUCCAGGAAGAAUCUGUUAUACAGGAGGCAGAAAGUCCACAAAAUGUUGACAUUCCUCCCAGGGAAAAUGUAAUGAUUGAAUCUAAUACAGAAGGAAUGAUGGAGUCGAUACCAGGACAGGAUCGAUUACUAAUGUCAGAUCAAACAUUGUAUGGAUAUGACAUGCCGUCAGAGGAAAGUGGUCUGCAUUCUUUAUCAACAUCACUCCUUGAAACAUCAGUAAAACAUGAUACUGAAGCAGACUUGGAUUCUGUUAGCUGCUCUGUAGGUUUGAUAUCCCAAGGUGAUGAGGAAGCCUCUGAUCAAAGUGAAAGUAGAGAUUUCACCAUGAGAACAACUGAUCAAAGUGAAAGUAGAGAUGUCACCAUGAGAACAAUUGAUAAAAUUACAAUGGAAUUAGUACUAACAGAACAGACUCAGACUGAGACAGAAGGACAGUAUGCUAGAAGUCCUGGUGAAGUUUAUCCAGGCAAAAGAGCAUUGCAGUUGUCUGACAUAGAACAACAAAGAAGUCUGGAAAAGGAAGCUGAGAUGGAAAUCUUAGUUAGAUCUUCAGAAGAUUUAGAGGACUUAUUAAAUGACAAAACAGUUGACCCAGAUCUAGAUGAGGAAAUUGCUGAAAUAUCAAAGCAUUAUGAAGAUCAAGAGAUGCCUGUAGCUAUAUGUAAGACAGAUGAGUUAGGAGCCACAUGUAUGUUGGAUGAAGGAGAUCUUGAGGUCAAGUCUAUGGAUGAUCUUCAGAGGCCAGUAUCAAGUGAAUCCUACUUCUCACAGUUAGAUUUUGCUGAAGGAGAUGAUGAUGAGUGCCAGGAAUUGUUUGAUUUAAGGAUAGAUUCUGCUGAUUUGGAUAGGCCAGUAACUCCCACACCAGUCGAUCAGAAACAACAUACUUUCCAUGAUGAGGGAGACAAUGAACAGGAGGAUGAUGAAGAAAUUGAGGAGGCUGCUGAAGAACUGGUAGAUUCUGUAAUACACGAAGCAUAUAGUCGUGUUCAUAGGGACGAGAACUCUAACAGCUCAGAAGUAGUGGAUGAACAGAUGGUAAAGUCAGUAGAAUCACUGGAGGAAAAAGAUGAAGUGCCAAAUCUUACUCCUGUACAAGUUACUGUUACUGGUCCAAGAUUGAUUCGGCAGCUAUCAGAGGAUAUACCAGAAAUAACAAUCACACAGCAUUUACAUGAUGAGGAGAGCUCAGAUGAAGAAAAAUACUUAUCUUGUUACAAAACCGAACCAGAAGUACAAACUGAAAGUAGAGAAGAAACAGAAAGUAAGCAUUUUGUUGAAGAAGAGGAACUAAUAUCUGCAAGCCAAUCACAACAAAUAAUGGCUGAGAUUCAUGGGCAAGGAAUUACUGCCACUUGUAUCCCUGAAGAAGAUGAGGAAGUGGAAGAAGAAAUUUUACCUCAAGCUGUACAGUCUGUUGCAUCACGGAGACCAGACAGGGACUUUACUGAUUUUGGACCCACAUGUAUACCCGAGGAGGAAGACAUUGAAGAAGAUGACAUGAAAGUUGAAACAGUAUCAAAGUCAUCAGCUACUAGACCCUUACAAGUAUUCCCAUACCCUGGAGUUGAUUUGAUUGAUUCAAAGAAAGUCACUACAACAAAACAAACCAGUUCAUCAGAGUUUGAUUCUAAACAUUAUCAGGAGUCAAGCAGUUCCUAUAGUUACUCUGAAACCAGGCAAACCACACAUAUAGAAACUUCAGUGACAUCAUCAAUGUCACAUGAUCUUGUGUCAUUAGAACUGAGUAUUAAUCAAGGUGACAAAGGUCAUGAAGAUAUUGACUCAGAAUCUCUUGAAGACUAUAAAGAAGAAAAACCUGAAGAUGAAGAUAAUGACCAAACAGAACCAAAUUCAGAAGAUCAUUUUUUUGAGUUAGCCUCUGGUAUUGAUACACUCACUGAUAGAAUAGAUUCCAAAACAGAACUGACUGAAUCAAAACCAGAGGACAUUGGUGCUGAAACUCCUACCGAUAACGAAUUCAAAAGUAUUGUACCUGAUGAACCUAUAAUUGAAUUACAUGACACUAGUUUCCAUGACGAUGCAGGAGACUCUUCAAGUAUUGACAGUUUUACAACGGUUGUAGCUGCUGAGGAGCAAGAGGACGACGAUGAAAAAGCAGAUAAACGAAUGGAUGAUUUUAGUUCUAUGACAUCAUCUUUUCAUUCUGAUAUUCAAGGACCUGAAGAUGAAAUACAUGAAGUAUCAGGUCCAUUAGUUGACUGGGGACAGGAACCUUUAUUUGACCUUGAAAGUGGAGCUUUUCCUGUGGAGGAAAAACCAGUGACUGCCAGCAAGAUGAUUCCUAUUACUGUUAAACAUGAAAAAACAACUGAUGAUAUAAAAAAGAAAAAACAAGAACAGGAAGAAAAAUCAAAAAUUGAGACAGAAGCCUUAAAACGGAAAUUGUUGGAAUUAGAAGUAAAACAUGAGCAACUUAUACAAGAAGAAAAGGAGGAUGAGGACUAUGGAGAGGGACCUUUGAUAGAGUGGGGUCCACGAGAGGAAGAUGGAAGUGAAUCUUCAUUUGAAAGUGAUAGAUAUGAGUACAUAGAUAAAACAGCAUUAUCAAUCAUAACAGAAUUAUCAGAGGAAGAUAAGUUUGAGAUGAUAGACAAGGAUGACAUGAUGUCAGAAUCUUUAUCAGAUCGACCUUACAGUUCACCAGAAUAUCCUCCACCUAGUCCGGGCAACUUCAAAAGUAAGAGUGGGGAGAAAGAUGAUAUAUCUAUUACUUCAUCACUGUUGGAAUUUGAAAGGCUAGAACAAGAGAUUGAACAGGGUGCAUCUCGUGGUUCUAUAGAAACAGACAAAGACAGUCAAAAAGGAUCCGGGGAUGAUCGACUUAGAGAUGAUAUUUCCAUCACCUCUUCUGUAGCUGAGUUUGAACGAUUUGAGCGAGAAGUUUGUCAGUCUAGCUCUACAAGCUCAGUUGAAAAAAUACCUUCAUCUGACAGUAAAAGUAGUGACAUCGAAGGAUCAAGAUCUUCUCUAGCUGAAGUGGAAAAGUUAGACCAAACAAUUGAAGAGAGACGCAUAUCUGUAGAAAGUUACAAACAGAGGAGUGAGACUUCUUCAAUGGCUUCACUAAUUGAGUUUGAAAAAAUAGAACAAGAACUCCUAUUAGCUGAAGAACUUGAGGCUGAAGCACAAAAGAUUGUUUCAAUAUUGGAGGCAGGGACUUUAUUAUCCAAACAGCAAUACGAAAGUCAGACUGACAGCAUAUCAGAAGAGAAAACCUUAAUCAAAGAUAGGGAUAUUGAUAAUGAUUCUAUUGAUGGCAAAGAUGAAUUAGAAGAUUCUCUUGGAGACAAAAAAUCACAGAAAGAUAAAAGUCUGGAAGAUGAUGAAGAUUCAUUGGAUGGUGAAUCAGACAUAACCUCUAUGACCUCUAGUGUAGUAAUGGUGGGAGGAGACUUGAUGUCAACAUCAAACAUUUCUCAGGCAUCACAGACGUCACAAAAAUCAUCAAAAAGCUCAUCAAAAGAAUCAGAUUCCUUACGUGAUGAUUCUCUGAUGAAAAUAUCAACUGAUUCUUUAGGAGAACAGUUUGGUUUCAAACCUCACAAAGAUAAAUAUGAUAACGACUCUUUGCUUGAUAUGGAAGGGGUCAUGGAAAGGUCAACUGACUCGCUGGAAAAUGAGCAAAAGGUUGAAACUGAUUCACUUCAAGGUCAUGAAGAUGUCAUGCAGACAUCUGGUGAUUCAUUAGAAGAGCAGCUAACUGGCUCAGACAAACAGGAAAGUAUUAUGGAAUCUUCCUUCUACAGUAUUACAAGUUCAAACUUCUCAAGGUCAUCAGCUGACACAAUGAGGUCAGCAGGGUCAAAAAGUGACUCAAGUACUGAUAUAAUGCAGGUUUCAAAAGAAUCAAUGGAAGAUAGGAAGAAACGAGAGAAAAAUUGGUUAAUAGAUAAUUACCAUAGCUAUAAAACAACAGGUAUUGGUAGUCCUUUUAUAGAUUACCAAGGCAACGUAGAACCUGAACUCACAAGUUUUCACAUAGAAGAUAAUUAUGAAUUCUCAUCAAAACAAUCUGAUUGUAGUGAGGAUACCCCAAUCACACCAAAACCAUUUACCUGGGGACCUUACGAAGAGAGAAAGAGAAUUUACACCAUGGCAGAAUGGGAAGCCAUGAAGGAAGAAAAGAGAAGAGCUUCGAUAACACCAAAACUGGAGAAAGAUGAUGAUGACGAUGAUGAUAAUGACACUGAAACUGAUACCAAAGAUAAAACUACCACUGUGAUACUCUCAAAAAAAUCCUCUAGCCAAACUGUUACUUCUUAUUCCUCUUCCUCCUCUCACCAAACGUGGUCUACUGACAGUACUAACAAAGACCUAGGAGAGGCGUUUGAAAGAGAAAAGGAUUCUUCAGAAAUUCCUAUACAAAUCAAAGCACGACUACACUCUAUAGAUGAUGACGAUGGCACUGCUGAGUAUGAUAUAACAGAACAUCCGGAGUUAUUACAGGGCAUACCAGAACAUUUGGCCCAGAAAAGUGGACCUGAUAUGACAGAAUUUAAAGACAAGCCAGAUGAUGACCAAUCAGAAGGAGCUGAAGGAGGAGAGGUGCAAAAAGCCAGAAUGGUGAUGACAAAACAGAUUCAUACAACCACUGUACUAAAAGAUGGACAAGAACAGACCACUGUACACGAGGAAACAAACGUACAAGAAGACGACACUCCUGAUGUCUUACGCGAGAGCAUGCAAGGGAUUAUUGACCAGUUUAUGGAACAGCCACCAAAACAGGAAAAACCAACAUCACAUGAAACUGAAAUCUAAUGAACUCAUACCAAAGUCUGAUUCACCGAGAUUUGCUUUUAACUUUGACACCCAAUAAGGGAUCGUAUUACAUUUUAUCUUUUUGUUUUUUCAUCCAAAUGUUGAGAAACAAUUUAUCAUUUAAUCACACAAAGAUAUACUAGAAACUCAUUUACACAAAUUGCUUCAUAAAGGAUUUAUAAACAGUAAAAGUUGGGAUGCUUAAUCAUUGUAAUCAUUGUAAUCAGUGUUUAGACGGGCAUAAUCAGUAAAAUCAUUCUCUUGUGUCAAAUAUAUACCACUCUCCUGAUUUGUAAAUGUAUUUGCAUGUCAAAUAUAGAUCUGAAUUUUUAUUGUCAUAUAUUUAAAAUUCAUUAGAGGGUAUACAACUAUUCAUUGUAUUGAGGUGCUGUAUUAAUGAUAGCUUAGAGAUGUUAAUUUGGAAACGUGCAUGUCAUAAAUAUUUCUAAAAAGUAGGUGUGUGUGUGCACUUUGAAUUGACCAAUAGAUAUCAUAGUUAUAAAUGGAGGUUGUAUUCCCUCAACUUUCGCUUUUGUUAUUAUUAGUAUGUAAUGUUUUAGCAUAGAUUAUUAUUAUUAGUAAUGUUAAUUUUAUAAAAAAUCAUGUAAACUAUUACAUAUUUUUAUUGCCUUAACUUUUAGCUAUGUUAUUUGUUUUGCUUAACAUAAGAUUGAUUAUCAAUCAAACAGGUCUUUCGAGUUAAGCUACAUGUAUUAAGAAAAUAAUUAACCAGUCAGAAAUUCACACGCAUUUGAUAGUUCUUGCCAUUUAAAGCUUUUGUAUUUGCCUAACCAGACUGUCUUGUUUUCAGCUAUUUAGUAAAACAUAGUUCAAUGCAAAGCACUCAUAGCAAUACUCCUUCUGUUUCGUAGUUCUAUUUUUUUUUUGUUAUUUUGCUUUUUUAUACAAAAUGAAGGUUAUAUUAGAUGAAGAUUGCAUUUUGAUUUCUCAAAAGGAAAAUCUGUCUGGCAUUAAGUUUGAAAUAAUCCAUAGCUUUUUUGCUAUUUGUCUUUUCAUUGAAUUUGAAGAAUCAAAAUAAGAUCCAUCAGAAAUGUUGUUUUGUAAAACUGAAUCGUGAUUGGUGAAUUAUUGUUUAAAUAAAUAGCUUAAAAGUGUUA